GUAAGGGUAGUUAUGUACAAAAAGAAAUUCUUUGUCUAUAAAUGGGUGCUCAGACCUUAAGGGGCUACCCAGGUCUGGGACCUCAUGCACGAAUAAUAAAGCUUCUCCUGACCUUACCUUUCCCCAAGUACCGCUUGCUCUUCCUCUUCCUGGGUAAAAAGUAGAAUUUAUUUCUACAACAUUUUGGUGCAUUGGCGGGGAACAACAAGCUCAUUGGCCCUUUGAGCCAUCAGAUUAGGAGACAGAAGAGUGGGGAGGAGAGGAAGAGUCAACCAAGGGGAAGUGCACUCCCCUGAGGACUUCCAGUCUCUGAUUUGGUUGCUCCUGCCUGGCCCCCACAACACCUCCAGGCCAGACUUCCAAAGGGCUGAGUGAGGCCAGGACUUGGUGGCAGCAUCAGAUCAGGUGUCAAGACCUCCUUUGAAUACUGGUGACUCACGCCCAGUUCUCACUCCCCAUUGCCCGGAGGUCUGCAAAGACUCCAAUCAGCAUCACAGCUGCCACCAGUGUGGACUCGGUCUCCCCAGACCUCAAGAGCACCCGUCAUGAGGCCCCCAACCCUCCUGCUGCUGCUCUCAGGGGCCCUGGCCCUGACAGAGACCUGGGCUGCCCGGGUCUCCCCUGCGCCCCCAGGCUCCCACUCCCUGAGAUAUUUCUCCACCGCGAUGUCCCGGCCCGGCCUCGGGGAGCCCCUCUUCAUCGCCGUGGGCUCGGUGGACGACACGCAGUUCGUGCGGUUCGACAGCGACUCCCCGGGCCAGAGGAUGGAGGCGCCGGCGCCCUGGGCGGGGCGGGAGGGGCCGGAGUACUGGGCGCGGGAGACGCGGACCGCGAAGGACACCGCGCGGGCGUUCCGAGACAACCUGCUCACCCUGCGCGGCUCCUACAACCAGAGCGCGGCAGGCUCUCACACCCUCCAGGAGAUGUACGGCUGCGACGUGGGGCCCGACGGGCGCCUCCUCCGCGGGUACAGUCAGUAUGUUUAUGACGGCGCCGAUUACCUGGCCCUGAACGGGGACCUGCGCUCCUGGACCGCGGCGGACACGGCCGCGCAGAUCACCCGGCGCAAGUUGGAGGUGGCCGGAGAGGCGGAGCGCGUCAGGAACUACCUGGAGGGCAGGUGCGUGGAGUGGCUGCUCGGAUACCUGGAGCACGGGAAGGAGACGCUGCAGCGCUCAGAGGCCCCAAAGACACAGGUGACCCACCACCCGACCUUAGACCAGAAGGUCACCCUGAGGUGCUGGGCCCUGGGCUUCUACCCUGCGGACAUCACCCUGACCUGGCAGCGAGAUGGGAAAGACCUGACCCAGGACAUGGAGCUGGUGGACACCAGGCCUGGGGGGGACGGAAACUUCCAGAAGUGGGUGGCUGUCAGGGAGGUGCGUUCUGGAGAGGAGCAGAGAUACACGUGCCAUGUGCAGCAUGAGGGGCUGCUGGAGCCCAAAUUCCUGACUUGGGAUCCCUCUCUUCAGCGCCCCAACUCCGCCGUGGACAUCGUUGCUGACCCAGUUCUCCUUGGAGCUGCGCUCACUGGAGUUGCACUGGUGCAGCUGUGAUGUGAAGGAAGAAGUGCUCAGAUAGGGAAGGAAGUGGUGGGGGAUCAUAUCCACUGGGGUCUUUGAGGCCACAGGUAGAACUAGACCUACCUGGUAAUGGGAAGUACCAUUGUAAGGGCAGGAUGAGCACAGGGCAGGUUCUCUAUGACCCAAGCUGACGGGUGAAGGAGGAUUCCUGGUGAAGGAGGAGUCCUGGAGCCCUCAGUGGCUUUUUCAGGCUUUUAUUGAGUUUACCAGGUACAGGGAAGGCAGGGGUGUGGGGUAGUAGGGUCAGGAGGCUGGCAGGCACUAGCAGGCCUCCCAGACCCCAGCAAGUCUUCACUCUUUCUGGACUGUCCUGCGUUUUCCAGUGGCCUCUGCUUCUCUGCUGGUGCUGCUCUCUCGCUUGUCCUCCUUCUGGUGGUUCUGCUGUUCCCCUGGCGUCCCCAUGACGCCGCCCUUAUAAGUGCACUCUCAUCCCAGGUGUAUCCCUCCUAUGCAUGCCCACACCCUACUCCAGGUGCCCACCAUCAGGCAUGCAUUCAAUCUAAUGGCAGGAAGGCGAAAAGCUUGAUACAGAUUUUACUUACCCUACAACCAUCCACACACUUGUGUUGCUCAGUCUGGAGCUGAUUGCAAACCCUCUUUUGUAAAGCAUUUUUGAAAAUAAAUCACAUUGUGUAAGGGCAGGAAAGGACACAGUGCAGGUUUUCUGAUCCCAUGCAGACCGGGUAAAGGAGGAGUCAGAGUCCUCAGUGGUUUUUUUGCAGGUCUUUUAUUGGGGUUCAGCGGGUACGUGGCAGGCAGGGGUGCUGGGGGGCUGGGAGGCUGGCAGCCUCAGCAAAUCUUCACUCUAUCUGGGCUCUCUGGCGUUCUCUGCUUCUGCUUCGGGCUUCUCUUUCGGCUUCUGCUGCUGCUCUUUUGGCUUCUACUGGCGUCUCCGUGAUGCCAUCCUUAAAAGCACAUUCUUAGCACAGGUGUACCCACUUCAGGUGCCCGCCAUCAGGCAUGCAUUCAGGACCACAGGGUUCCCUCAUCUAUCCUGAUGGCAGGAGGGCAGAAAAGCCUGAUAUUUUUUCCUUACCCUACACAUUGUUCACCUUGAUAAUUCUGAUGAUGGGGCCCUGAUUCCAGUAAAUGGCAGAGGGGAAGGUCCCUGCUGAGGGCAGACCCAGGAGGCAGUUGGUCCAGUCCCCUCUCAUCUCUCUUCAUAUUUCCUGGUCUUGCCCUAAAUGUCCAGUCACAGUUCUGGAAACUUCCCUGUGGUCCAGACUUGGGGAUUCUGUUAGGACUUCAUAGCCUGACUUCUCCCUGGUCUCACAUGAUGCUCCCUCCCACAGGAGGAAAAGGAGGAAGCUACACUCAGGCUGCAGGUCAGUGUGUGUAGGGUAAAUGAUAGUCAGGCUUUUCUUUCCUCUUGCCAUUAGGAUUGAUGAUGGAUCCCUGCAGUCCUGAAUGCAUGCCUGAUGGCGGACACCUGGAGUAGGGUGUGGACAUACAUAGGUGGGAUUCAGCUGGGCUGAGACAGGGCUUAUAAGGGAGGUGUCUGAGAACAGAAUCACCAGGAGAACAAUUGAGAGACCAGAAGUGAGCACCAAAGAUAGCCCAGUAAAGGCCUGCCAGCCUCCCGACCCCCCAGCGCCCCUGCCUGCCAUGUACCUGGUAAAAUGCCAAAUAAUGCCUGAAAAAGCCACUGAGGACUCCAGAACUCCUCUCCCUUCCAGUUCUGCUCAGGUCAUAGAGAUCCUGCACUGUGCCCUUCUUGUCGCUGCAGUGGGGAUCAGGGGUUUGGUCCCUGAGCCCUGGGGACAGUGUAGAAGGAGCCCAUGGGGGAGUCACCCACAUCAGUCCCUCCUGUGGUCUCAUCUCUGAGUGGCUCUGACCAGGUUCUGUUUUGUUCUCCCCCAGGCAGCAAUAGCACCCAGGGCUCUGAUGUGCCUCUCACAGAUG